GGCGGCGGAAGCGCGGCUCUUGCGAGGCAAGAUGGCGGCGCCCAUGAGGGCCUAGAGCAAGUAGGUGGUGAUGUUGGAGGCACAGGCUUCAGGGGACCCAGGCGGAGGGCUCAGGGCGAGUGAGAGAGAAUCCCCACCCCGAAGCACUGCUGGGAAGGGUUGCACUGAGGAGGCAGUUGCAGUGACAAGAUGCUGUCGAGACCAAAGCCAGGGGAAUCUGAGGCGGACCUGCUACGCUUCCAGAGUCAGUUUCUGGCAGCUGGUACAGCCCCAGCGGUACGCUUGCUCAAGAAAGGAAGUAGGAGAGGGGGCGAUGCUAACGCUGACCAGCGUCCACGGCAGGAUCAUCGGGACGUGGUGAUGCUGGACAAUCUCCCAGAUUUGCCCCCAGCUCUGGUUCCUGCUCCCCCAAAGAGAGCGAAGCCCAGCGCUGGUUGCCUCCUGCCAGAGGAUGAUGACCCUGAGGAGAGGCUGAACAGGCAUGAUGAGCACAUCACUGCUGUCUUGACUAAGAUUAUUGAACGAGAUACAAGUUCAGAGGCCGUGAAACUGCCUGUGUCCAGCGGUGUUGCUUUCCCCCUUGUUUUCCAUCGCUCACAGGAGAGACAGGGGAAGCCAGCAAUAUCUGGUAAGAGAAGCAUCUUUGCCCAAGAAAUCGCAGCAAGGAGGGUGUCUGAAGCCAGGGUCCCACCAAUUGGGGAAGUUGUACCUCCCUUGGACCCACCAGAGGGUGUUGUGACAUGUGAGGCACCCACUCCUGGGGACCAGGGCCAGCAGCUUCUAGGGAGCACCCACAGCUUCCAGGGACCCCAUCUGGUCACAGGGAAGGGGCUCACAGGCCAGGAGGCUGAGCGGGAAGCCCAGACCAUCCAUGAAGAGAAUGUAGCGAGACUGCAAGCCAUGCCUCCUGAGGAGAUCCUGUGGGAACAGCAGCGCCUGCUUGCUCAGCUUGAUCCUGGCUUGGUUGCCUUCUUAAGAUCUCGCAGCCACACCCAGCAGCAAGCAGGAGAGAAGGCCACAGAGAUGCAGAGGCCAGGAGGACCUUCUACUGAGGUCAUCAAAGAGAAGCCCAUUGUGCCAACUUCUGCCAGUGAGCCCAGGAAGAAAGAUGAACUGGAGCCAGGAACCCCAGGUCCGGCCCUGCCUGUGACCCCCCACAAAGAGUGGCUGCACAUGGACGCUGUUGAGCUGGAGAAGCUCCAAUGGACCCAGGACCUACCACCACUCCGGCAACAGCAGACGCAGGAGAGGAUGCAGGCCCGGUUUGGUCUUCAGGGAGAGUUACUGGCCCACAAUGCGGACCUGCCUACCCACCUGGGCCUGCACCAUCAUGGAGAGGAGGCAGAGAGAGCAGGGUACUCCCUCCAGGAACUGUUCCACCUGACCCGCAGCCAGGUUUCCCAGCAGAGAGCACUAGCACUGCAGGUGUUGGCCCAGGUCAUCAGCAGGGCACAGGCUGGAGAGUUUGGCGGCCAGCUGGUGGGCAGCGUCUUGCACCUCCUUUUGGAUGCUGGUUUCCUUUUCUUGCUACGCUUCUCCCUGGAUGACAGAGUGGACGGGGUCUUGGCAGCUGCUGUGCAGGCACUCCGGGCUCUGCUGGUGGCUCCUGGAGAUGAGGAGCUCCUAGACAGCACCUUCUCGUGGUACCAUGGCGCUUCGGUGUUCCCUCUGAUGCCCAGACAGGAGGAUGAGGAUGACGAAGAUGCGGGUGAAGAGCCCCCAGCAGAAAAGGCAAAAAGGAAGAGUCCUGAGGAAGGAGGCCGGCCUCCACCUGACCUGGCCCGACAUGAUGUCAUCAAGGGGCUCCUGGCCACCAACCUGCUGCCUCGGCUGCGCUAUGUGCUGGAGGUGACCUGCCCAGGACCUGCAGUGGUCCUUGACAUCCUGGCCGUGCUCAUCCGCCUGGCCCGUCAUUCCCUAGAGUCAGCCACAAGGGUCCUGGAGUGCCCUCGGCUGAUAAAGACCGUGGUUCAAGAGUUCCUGCCUACCAGCUGGGCGCCAGUGGGGGUGGGACCUGUCCCCAGUCUGCACGGAGUGCCCUGUUCUGCUGCCAUGAAACUGUUCCGUGUCCUGGCCUCGGCCGGUAGGAAUAUUGCUGCCCGGCUGUUGAGCAGCUUUGAUCUUCGGAGCCGCCUGUGCCGCUUCAUAGCUGAGGCUCCCCAGGAACUGGCCUUGCCCCCAGAGGAAGCUGAGACACUGAGCACUGAGGCCUUCCGUCUGUGGGCUGUGGCUGCAUCCUAUGGCCAGGGCAGUGACCUUUACAGGGAGCUCUACCCAGUGCUGGCGCAGGCACUGCAGGCUGUGCCACAGGAGCUCGGCGCCCCGCCCGCUCGGCCCCUGGCCAUGCAGCGGAUAGCCUCACUGCUCACCCUCCUCACCCAGCUGACCCUGGCAGCCAGCAGCACCGCCCCUGAGCCCAUCAGUGACUGUGCUGAAGCCAGCCUGCCAGGCACCCCUUCCCUGAUCACUUGGACACAGGUGUCUGGGCUCCGGCCCCUUGUGGAGCCAUGUCUAAGACAGACCUUGAAGUUGCUGCCCAGACCUGCAAUGUGGAAUGCUCUGGGCCCAGUGCCCACUGCCUGCCUGCUGUUCCUGGGCGCCUACUACCAGGCCUGGAGCCAGCAACCACGCUUGUGCCCGGGAGAUUGGCUUCAGGACAUGGAGCGGCUGUCGGAGGAGCUGCUACUUCCCCUGCUGAGCCAGCCCACUCUGGGCAACCUGUGCGAGUCCCUUAGGCGCUGCUCCCCUCUCUGCAAUCCACAGUCCUGUGCUCCGGCGCCGGAAGCCCUCCCCAGCCUCGUGUCGCUGGGCUGCGCAGGAGGCCGCCCCCCUCUCAGCCUGGCUGGUGCAGCCUCACCCUUCCCAUUCCUCACUGCCCUCCUCUCUCUUUGUAAUACCCUGUCUCAGAUCCACAAGGGGCUGUGUAGCCAGCUGGCUGCCAUAUUGGCUUCCCCAGGACUCCAGGACUACUUCCUCCAGUGUGUGGCUCCUGUGGCUGCCCCACGGCUCACAGCUUUCUCAGCGUGGGCCCUGCGCCAUGAGUGCCACCUGCAGUACCUGGCACUCUCCCUGGCUCAGAGAGCGGCCGCGCUCCAACCAGUGCCAGCCACCAGUACUGCCCUCCAUCAUGGCGUGGCCUUGGCCUUGCUGAGCUGGCUGCUGCCCGGAAGCGAGCACCUUGCCCAUGAGCUGCUGCUGAGCUGCGUAUUCUGCCCAGAGUUCCUCCCGGAAAGAGCAUCAGGGGGUCUGGAGGCAGCUGACUUCUCGGACCGGCUAUGCCUAGGGAGCCAUGGGGACCCUGGGUGUGGGCGAGGGACUCUGCUAGCUGAGGCCUGCCAGGACCUCCCCAGCAUCCGCAGCUGCUACUUGAUCCACUGCUCACCUGCCCGAGCCAGCCUGCUGGCCUCUCAGGCCUUGUACCGAGGGGAGCUACGGCGACUCCCAGCCCUGCUGCUGCCUCUGCCCAAAGAGCCACUGCUGCCCACUGACUGGCCCUUCCUGCCAUUGAUCCAUCUCUACCACCAGGCCUCAGACAACCCCUCGGGGCGCCCUCCUGCUGACACCAUGGGCACAGCCAUACGGGCCCUGCAGUGGGUUUUAGUUCUGGAGAGCUGGCGCCCCCAGGCCCUCUGGGCUGUGCCCCCUGCCGCCCGUCUGGCACGGCUCAUGUGUGUGUUCCUGGUGGACAGUGAGCUAUUUCGGGAGACCCCAAUACAGCGUUUGGUGGCAGGCCUGCUAGCCCGGCUCUGCCAGCCCCAAGUCCUGCCAAACCUCAACCUGGACUGCUCACUUCCUGGCCUGACAUCUUUCCCUGACCUCUAUGCCAGCUUCCUAGAGCAUUUUGAGGCCGUGUCUUUUGGAGACCACCUCUUUGGGGCUCUGGUCCUCCUUCCCCUGCAGCGUCGGUUCAGUGUGACCCUGCGCCUUGCCCUCUUUGGGGAACACGUGGGAGCCUUGCGAGCUUUGGGCCUGCCUCUGACCCAGCUGCCUGUGGCCCUGGAGUGCUACACCGAGCCUCCGGAAGGCAACCUGGCCCUCCUGCAGCUCUACUUCCGGGCCCUGGUUACUGGGGCACUCUGUCGACGCUGGUGCCCUGUGCUCUAUGCUGUGGCUCUGGCUCAUGUCAACAGCUUCAUCUUCUCCCAGGAUCCAAAGUGCUCAGAUGAGGUGAGGGCUGCCAGCAGGAGCAUGCUGCAGAAAACUUGGCUGCUGGGAGAUGAGUUUCUUUCCUCUUUACAGGGUCUCCGGCAACACAUUCUCCACUAUAAGCUUCCCAAUUCAGCCCUCCCAGAGGGCUUUGAGCUGUACCCUCAGUUGCCCCCUCUGCGCCAGCAGUACCUCCAGAGAGUUAUCUCAGGAGCGCUCCAAACUGGAGUGUCAGAAACCUAGCAAAGCUGCUACGAUUGGAGAGAUGGCUACAUUCUCCUGGGGUUCACCAAGAGACCUGCCCACCUGGCCACACACAGUGGCUUCACGUGGGCAGGAGACAAAGGAGCAGAAGGCUUGCCUUCCUAGGGGCAGGUUGUUUGAGUGUCUUUGGAGCAGAGUGAGCUCUACCAUUAUAUCCUGAUAGCCAGAGUUCAGGAUCUAGGGCCUCUGAGGGUCUGUGGUGGGAAUGAAGGAUGACUUUGCCCUUCACCUCCUCCUUGGGGACAGGACAAACUAAAUACACUUCCCUUUUCUCCCACCCCCAAGUCAGGAUAUGAAUGUUAUUUCUGUGCAUUGAAAUAAAAAAAAAAUUUGUUUUUA